GGGCCGCGUCCGGGGUGGGGGGCGGCGGCGGCGGCGGGAGGCCCCGGGGGUGGGAGGGGUCCCGUGGGGUGGGGGGCGGUCCCGGCGGGAGGGGCGGUCCCGGCGUGUCGGCGCCGCUUCUGCCCGCGCUCCCCCCGCAGGCCCCGAUGGACGCGGAGGCCCCGGCGCCCCGGGGGCUGUAGGAGCCGCCGCCAGCGGCAGGUGAGGGGGGGCCCUCGGGGGGGCCCCGCCGCCUCGCCCCCCCCCCCUCCCGGCCCCGCCAUGUCGGGGUCCCUCGGCGAGCGCGGCGACCUGUCGGGGCCGCUGGGCGAGCACGGCGACCUGGCCAACGACAACCGGUGCCCGGCGCUGAGCCCGGCGCCGCAGGGCCCUCCCCCGGCGCAGGGUCCCCCCCCGGCCCCCGCCGAGGAACCGGCAACCGCUAAGUGGGUGAAGGACGGGCGGAACCAACGGCGCCGCGCGGCCCAGCGCGACCAGAACCGCAACGAGCUGCGGCCGCCGCCCGCCCCCGCCCCGCACAGCGCCCGAGGCGGCGGGGGGGGGCCCGGGCUGCUGCUGCCGCUGCGGCCGCACGGCCGGCGGGAGGAGGAGGAGGAGGAGGAGGAGGAAGACGACGAGGAGGAGGACGAGGAGGAGGAGGACGAAGAGGAGGAGGAUGAGGAGGAGGAGGGCGACGGGGACUCCACGCCGGUGCAGAGCGACCCGGCGACGGGGGAGUCGGAGGGCAGCGGGGAGCGGGGCCCGCGGGAGCCCCCCCGCAGCGCCAGCCGCCUCUUCGGGGCCCGCAGCGGCGCCGCCAGCGACGAGGACUCCAGCUGGGCCACGCUCAGCCAGGGCAGCCCCCCCGGCAGCUCCCCCGACGACGCAGACUCCUUCUGGACGCGCAGCGCCGUGGGGCCGGACUCGGACCUGCCGGCGGGGUGGCUGCGGGUGCAGGACACCUCGGGCACCUACUACUGGCACGUCCCCACCGGCACCACGCAGUGGCAGCCCCCCGCCGGACCCCCCUCCCCGGCCACCCCCCCCGCACAGGACACCCCCCUGGCCUGGACGGGCUUCGCCCCCGCUGACGGCUUCGAGGAGGGGGAUUUCUGGAAGGACCCCCCGCCCGAGGAGGAGGAUGAGGAGCCGGAGGCGCGGGACCAGGAGCCGCCCUCGCCGGGACGGGCCUCGCCGGCCGUGGGCACGACCCUGGCCGAGGAGGACACCCCGGGCUCCAAGCGCUUCGCCGUGCGCUCGCUGGGCUGGGUGGAGAUGAGCGAGGAGGAGCUGGCCCCCGGCCGCAGCAGCGUCGCCGUCAACAACUGCAUCCGCCAGCUCUCCCUGCACCGCCGCGGCCCCCCCGGUGAGGGCCGGGCGAUGCUGCUGCUGCUGGAGGGCCGGACGCUGAAGCUGGUGGACCCCCAGGACCAGGCCCUGCUGCACGCGCAGCCCGUGGCCGCCAUCCGCGUCUGGGGCGUGGGGCGCGACAGCGGCAGGGACUUCGCCUACGUGGCCCGGGACCAGCUGACGCAGAUGCUCAAGUGCCACGUCUUCCGCUGCGAGAGCCCCGCCAAGGACAUCGCCACCGGCCUGCACGAGCUCUGCUCCCAGAUCAUGGAGGAGCGGCGAAACGCCCGGGCGCUGGCCAACGGCCUUUCCCUGGACCCCGCCAGGCUGGUGGAGAUCCCCUUCCAGGUAGAGUUCCCGGCGCCCAAGAGCGAGGUGGUGCAGCAGUUCCCCGUCUGCUACCUGGGCUGCGUCCCCGUCGCCAAGCCCGUGGGCAUGGACGUUAUCAACGCGGCGCUGGAGGCGGCGCUGGCCACCGGCACUAAGGAGCACUGGACCCCCAUCGUGGUCAACGUGGCGCCCGCCACGCUCACCAUCACCCACCAGCAGACGGAGGCCGUGCUGUGCGAGUGCCGCGUGCGGUUCCUGUCCUUCAUGGGGGUGGGCCGCGACGUUCGCUCCUUCGCCUUCAUCAUGGCCAGCGCCCCCGGCGCCUUCCGCUGCCACAUGGUCUGGUGCGAGCCCAACGCGGCGGGGCUGAGCGAGGCGCUGCAGGCCGCCUGCAUGCUGCGCUACCAGAAGUGCCUGGACGCCCGGCCCCAGGCCUCCAGCUCCUGCCUGCCGGCCCCGCCGGCCGACUCGGUGGCCCGUCGGGUGGGCUCCUCGGUGCGCCGGGGCGUCCAGACCCUCCUGGGCACCCUCAAGCCCAGGCGCCUCGGGGCCCAGACGCCGUGAGCCGGGACGGGGGGAGCCACCCGGGUCCCCUCCCCACCCGCCGCCCCUGGGAUGGGCCGGCAGCGCCGGGCGAUGGCGGGGGUGAGUUCGCGCCCAGGGGCGUCGCGUGUGUCCCCGCGUGCCGGGGGCUGCGUGCCCGCCCGGGGGGGGGCUGCACGCCGAGCGCCCUGCCCCAUGGCAGCAGGGCAGGGAAUCCUGCCCCAGGGCGACGGGGCGGGGGUCCUGCCCCCCACGCUGGCGCGAGCCCCCCACUGCCACCUCCCCCCCACCACCACCCCAGGGGGACGAUGGCGCGGGAGGGGGGGCGCGGGGCCCGCCCUGCCCCGAUGCAUGCGGUCUAACCUGUGGCGUGGGGCUCGCCGGGGCCCCGGCUCCGGAGCCGCCGCUCCUGCUGUAACGAAGAUCUUGUGUCGUACUAAGUAAUUAAUAAACCCAUUCCACCA